CCUAACGUUCCCUAUUAUAUCGAUGCGAACGUAAAGCUCACCCAAAGUAUCGCUAUUUUGCGAUAUUUGGGUCGAAAACACGGUUUGGUGGCCAGGGAUGAGACCGGACUCGUGCGCCAGGAUCUGGUGGAACAGCAGCUCUUGGACUAUAGGACAGGAUUUUAUCAAAUAGUGCACAAUAAAGACAACUUCGAGUCAACGAAAGCUAAAUAUAUAACCGAAACGCUUCCCCAACAGUUGGAUCAGUUGUCAAAGUUCUUGGGCAGUCAUCAGUGGUUUGUCGGACAGACACUAACAUACGUCGACUUCUUGGCCUAUGAGACACUCGAUUGGAUCCGAGUGUUGAGUGCGGAGACCGUCAAGAAGUACCACAAUUUGGUUCAAUAUUUGGAUCGAUUCGAGAAUUUGCCACAAAUUAACGCUUAUUUAAAAAAGUGUAAAGAUUGCGAGUCGACAACAGUGAUGGUAUAUCCGGCCAUUCUGGACAUAUCCCAGAAAGGGAAGGGCAUUGGUAUUGAUUACUAUGACAUUCAUCCCGAAUACCAGAAGGGAAAUACUGUUGACAAAGCAUUUGACGUGGCGUUAAUCAAAUUGGAAACGGAGUUCCACUUCAGUCGUCCCACAGCUAACGGUCCGCCAUACCGUACGGCGAAUAGCAUUUGCCUCCCGGUGCGCGACAUAAGGAAUGAACGGGAAGAGUACGCCCGAGUGGCCGGUUUCGGA